AUGGGUGUUCAUGUAGUUUCAAAGCUGGAUAACCGCCAGCAUGCGAGCUUCAACCUGGAAGCCGCUGCUCAGCGGGAACUAUCGGACUCUUCAGUAAGAAUUCGCACGCAAUUGAUCAGCCUCACUUCGAACAACUUGACCUAUGCCCGCAUGGGCGGAUUCUUACGUUGGUGGGACGCAUACCCCGUAUCUGAAGACUAUCCCGCACCAUACAACGACCCCUCAACCUGGGGAAUCGUUCCGGCCUGGGGCUAUGCAACAGUGGAAGAGACAACCAUUCCAGAAUUACCCAAAGGAACACUCCUAUACGGAUUCUGGCCGACGACCAGCGCGUCAACCGAUCUCAAACUCAAACGCAGCUCACCAGAAGGCCACUGGAUCGAGACCAGCGAGCAUCGCCAAAAGCUAAUGCCACUGUAUAACCGUUACACGGUAACCCCGACCACGACCCCAAUCUCCGAGCUCACCACCGCGUCCAAUUCCCUUUCAGAUUCUGCCCGAGAUGAGCUAGACCGCAUGGCCUGGACCACGCUGCUCAUUGGCGGGGUAGCCGGGUUCGUUCUCAGCGAGUAUGUUUUCUCGUCCAACCCAAACCAACCCCCAUCCAUCCACUGGGAAACCAAGCUGGUGAACCUAGCCGCGUCGACUAAAACGGCCCGUGUUUUCUCAUACUACCUCUCGCGAAAGCCGGAUAGCUCGGCACCCCUUGGCUUGUUGCAGGUUACAUCGGCUAUGUCACGCAUCCAGGAGGCGGAUCGGAAUCUACCUACUUCUGUUCCUUCGAAGGUGGUUGCAUAUGGGGAUGUUGAUUGUACGGAGUCUGCGGAGUGGCUGGCUAGCCGCAGGCCCUCGAAGAUUGUUAUUGUUGAUUUUGGUGGUCGUGGGAAUGCGAUGGAAGAUACACUUUCUCUGAUCAAGAAUAGUGCCGAGCUGCAAGCUUGCAAGGUUGUUAUUGUCCAGGUUGGGAAUGAGCAAAAAGUAUACUCGACGGAGGAGAUUAUUGCUGGACAGACUGCGAUGGCGGAGCUUGGAAAGGUUCAGUAUAACACCUCUGGUGUUCAAGACACGAUACUCGAGACUGUCGGCCCGGAAGCAUACUUUGCAACAAUAGGCGCACAGUGGGAAAAAUGGCUCGAUGAGCGACACUUGAGCGAGCCGGGGAUGAAGAUUGUGUUUGGCAGUGGUGUCUGUGGUGCAGAUGGUGUUGAGGGAGGGUGGGAGAGACUUUGUCAUGGACAAGUAGGAGCCGAAGAGGGAUUGGUUUACAAGAUCCAAUAA